AAGACUAUCCGUAUCCCCUUAUAUCUGUAAUCUGAUGGUCCAGUGUGUCAAUUGUAUGGAUCAACUUCUUUAUUAACAUGGUCUGAACUUAAAUAUUUUGAGUGAUAUUUGUUGACUAAAAUUGACUUGUGGGUAGUUUCAUGUGGUAGAAUUAUUUUGUUGACCUUUCCUCCUGGAACCUGAAUAACAAUUCAACUCCUCAUCCCUGCUCUCCUUCCCUUCUCCACCACAUCCCAGCCCUUGACUUAGUGAUUCUAUUAACCCUCUGUCUGGCAUUUGCCAUUUUAUGAAACUCACUGGUAUUUUUGUUGCCUUCAGGCAGCUAGUAAGCCGGCCACUUCUGCCUCUAGUGAAUCUCCUUUGUUUAGCAGUACCUUGCAUACUUUCUUUUGGCUUCAGGUAUUUUUCUCUGAUCCUCCUCAGAGACAGCAGUCCCUCCUUCCAGAAGAUACUUUAAUUUCCUCUCCAUCUCCUCCAAAAUUCCCGCCUCUCUCAUUCGGCCUUUUGAGCUUGCUUUUUAACAUCUGCAAUCUGUUCGGCCCCACAAAAUCGGUGAUCUUGACCAACAUAAAUUCAAAUGAGUAAAACAGUCUGUAACAAGGGUGUGGAUGUUUUAUCAUCAUCAUCCACUUAUGCUUCCUUUCCAUAUGAUGAAACUCAUGGACCAACAAGGGUGUGUGCCCAUGUUAUAGAGUACCCUAGACCCAUCUCACAGUUCAACUUUCAGUGAAUCAAGUGCAGAAGAUGGUUAAAGGUGAAUAAAUUACAUGCAUGUGAUCUGAUUGAAAUGGAAUCUGGUGGCAUUUUGGUAUUUGUUUUUCGUUCACUUCAAACUCAGAAUGUCCAUAACUUGUCUUGAGAUGAAAAUUGACCAGUGGGAUAUGCAUGGUCCUUUAUCACCUGUGUCUACCCAUUUUUCCGCAUGGCAAGUUGGUGAAGUUGGAGAUUGUCAUGUCCACCCCAGGUGUUUUUGAGGUCUUACAAGAAUUGGUGAGGGGCCAUCCUACAUCUAUUAUCGGAGUUGGGACUGUCUUAAAUACAAUUGAUGCCAAAAAUGCCAUUAAAGCUGGGGCUAAGUUCCUUAUGAGCCCUGCAAUGGUCAAGGACAUUCUGGAUGAUGUCCAAAGUAAGGAGGUCCUUUACAUCCCUGGAGUAAUGACACCAACAGAGGUAUUGAAUGCACACAGCGCCGGUGCAAUAAUUGUCAAGGUUUACCCUGUCUCAUCAUUAGGUGGUGCUCAAUAUAUAUCGGCAUUGAAGAAACCAUUCCCUCAUAUUCCAAUGGUUGCAUCUCAGGGCAUAACAGUAGAAUCCUUAGGGACAUAUAUUGCGAGAGGAGCAUCAGCAGUUGUCUUGUCUGAUGCUAUUUUUGGGAAAGAGGCAAUGGAUCAACAGAAUUUUGAUGCUAUCCGUCAACUUUCUCAGCUUGCAGUUUCACGGGGUGAUGAAGCCGUACAAAGCACAGGCCCAGGUCAAGGAGAUUUUCAGUUGAAUCAAGGGCUGAAAAGGCUUGCUGGUUUUGAUAUUCCAUCAGUCUGCAAUGGGGAAAGAGAGGGAAAGGAUUCUGUCCAAGGAGAGAAGAAAGACAGCUCUAGAGAGGAGGGAGGGAGAGAGGAGAAGAUGGAGAAGAAAUAGUAAGAGCCACCCCCCCCACAAAAAAAAAAAAAAAAA